CAAAGGCCUCCCAAGCUAGAGCAACAUAAAAUCGAGCUCUGGGCCAUCUGUUUGUAGCCGGGAGCAAUCGUUUGCCGUGAAGAGUACCUAUGAACAGCCCGCUACCGAAACCACCAAUUGACCUGAAAGGAGAUACAAGAUUAGCAAGAGGUGGUUGAUAAGGCAAAGGAUGGCGGGGUGAAUGCCACCCAGAAGAUAAUAUCGAAAAUAGUGUCAAACUCACCGAUGCAGUAAUGCCUUGGCCGACGCCUUUGAUACUAUGCCACCAACCCAUUGGGAUAAAGAUUCCAUCACCUGCAUUGACCACAGCUUCAUAUCCAUAUUCUUCUCCAUUUUUUCCCUGCUCCAACCGUAUGUUAUCAUCAUUUUGGCGAUCUCCCCAUAUUUCCUGAUCCAGCAACUGUUUUUCCAGACCGUACAUCAUAUCCUCACCACGGAGCGCUGCGCUUCGAGAGCCACCACUCCUUCCCAUUCGCUCUCUCACACGGUCAAAUACGCCUAGUCCAACGUUUGCAGGGAGCAAUCUCACGUGUUUCGUGCCCGCCAACUGCACGAAUACGUUCGGGUUUGGAUCCCUGUGCAAGGGUGUGUAAGUAGGUGCUAUUCCAAUCCAAACAUUGGUGUCAUAAAUAUCCCCCUUUCCUGCACCCGUAACAUACGACGGGGCUGCGAAAUCGUCACGCAGCGGUGCUGCUAGGUCGAGGAGUUGGCAUUGGGCAAGGUACAAAUGGGCAUUUGGUCCUGCGGAUUUGUCGGUGACUUGAGAAGUUCCCUCCAGACCGGAGCUUUGAACGGAUCGAGCCCAGUCGAGGAACAAGCUCAACGGCGCGUGAAAUCGCUUAAAUGAUUCCUCCGGCUGAGAAUUGCCAUUGAAGGCUGUGGUCGUCAGUUCGAGGGGGACAUGACAGUCGCCGUACUGCUCGAGGUAGUCAUAAUUGAAGGACUGGACGGAAGAAUUGUCACCACUGAUUGAAGACGGAGCAGUGAACCACCGGGAUAUGGCAGGUAAGUCUCGAAACUGGCCUCGUGGUAAAACAACUGGAAUCUGUGGCCUGAAGUAGGAUUCCCGGAACGCUGCAAGGCUGUUAUUCUCAGUCAAGGUGUUCAACGCAACAAAUCGGCGUAUUUUUGAGGGCGAUUGAAGGGCUCUCUUCAUCCCUUUGAGAAGCUGUGCACCAUCAAUUGUUGCUGCUUUUCGACACUCCCCGUGGCUCGUGUGCUGCGUUCUCGGAUACUGGUUCUGACUGCCUGACUGCCGGUCGCUCGGAAACUAAAAUAGGCCAAGCGGCUUUUCGCUUUCCCCAGAAAAUGAGCCCUCCACCCCCUCAUGGAUAGAGUUCAACCUCAACACGGAGUCGCCCACCAGGCUAGAAGCCUGCAACACUCACUCACGGUCGGCAUCUACCAUUUUGCAAAUCAGGCAAUCGUAAUGUCUGCUAAAUCUCCAGCCUCGAGCGCGCCAGCUCCCAAUGAGACUCAGCCCCCACCCGCCAACAGCACCGGUGAAACAAAGCGAAAGGCGGAACCAAACAGCGGAACUCAGACGCGGACAAAGCGGAAUCGAUACAUCUCCUUGGCUUGCAACGAAUGCAAGCGUCGGAAGAUCAAAUGCAAUGGCCAGGUGCCCUGCCAGCGCUGUGGACACCUGGGCCUGGAAUGCCUCUAUGCGCCAAAUUGUUGUAGUAGUAAUUUCAAAGAGUCCGAAGAAUUCCGGUCUAUGAAAAAACAUAUCGAACAGCUACAGGAACAAGUGAAUACAUUGUUCUCCAAUAUCACCGAGCUUUAUCGUAAAUCGGAGUCUACCCCUAUUGACCCCAGCCAGUUCAGUCGGGAAGCAUCACGAUCGAUAUCCGGGCAGCCUCCCGUUUACGAUGGGCAUAAUGUGCCACCGACAAAGCCCCGCUCGAAGCAUCCACGAUUCCAUGGCCCAACGAGCACGGCAUUCAAUUUCGAUGUCGCUAAAUCAAGCCUCCAAACCAUGGGCAUCGCGCCUGUUGAUGAUGGAACACACGAGCUUUUCACAGCGCAGGAUGCGACUCCCGCCCAAACCCCUCCACAACAAGCGUUAGCCUACCCACAGCUGCUUGCUCACCCGAACAAAGAUCCACUCUGGGUCAUCAAGCGAGAAGAGGCCAUUCGAUUAUGUCGAAAUUAUGAGGAAGAAAUAGGUCUCAUGUAUCCAAUAUUCGAUAUCGAGAAGCUUAUCACACAAACCAAUCUUCUGUUUACGUUCCUCGAGGCUGCUGAUCGGACAGGCUUUGCUAAGCGUUUUAAGCCGGGUGCCGACUGCCUGAGCGACGAUGACACAAGUAAUCUGAAGAUGGUGCUGGCGGUUGCUCUUAUUGUCGAAGGCAACGGGGAAAGCCCAUUGGGCGCAAGGUUUUACAACAGUGUAAAACAUAACGUGGAGGCCAACCUCUGGGAGCCUGGUGAUGUAAAGACCAUAAAGCUUCUUGCUCUCGUGGCAACCUACCACUUCCACACGGACAAUGAUGCCUUGGCGUAUCGUUUGAUCGGGAUAGCAGCACGAAUGUGCGUUGAAAUAGGGCUGCAUCGUCGAGAUGCUGUCUUGAAGGCAUUCAACAACGAGGAAGAGUUGAUAUCUGUGAACAAACUUUUCUGGUCUAUUUAUUGUUUAGACCGGCGAUGGAGUAUUGGAACCGGGCUGCCUUUUACAAUUCAAGAUGAAGAUAUCGAUCCAUAUUUGCCGGAGCCGGAUGACUCUGCUCCAUACUUAAGGUCGAUGGUUGCAUAUUGCCGACUUAGCUCGAAGAUCUGGUACUCUGGAGUUGGUUCCGAGGGAGCGGCAGCAAUAAAGCGAGAUAAGAUCGAGUUUUUGGAUUAUCAAGUCUUGCAAUGGAUGAAACACGUCCCUGAAGGCCUUAGAUUCUACUCUGUUGAGCCCUCCCCGAAUUCGGAGCCCGUCAGUAGGGCAGUACAGCGUCUACGCUUGCUGUUACACAUCCGUGGCAACCAUUUAAGGAUUCUCAUAUAUCGCCCAGUUUUGCACUCAGCUACGAGUAUCAUGGAAAAUAUGCCAUAUGCACAAACUGUCGUGGACAUUGCCAAGGACACGAUUCGUGUCUUGACCAGACUCAACCAAACGACAGAUAUUUACCGAUCGCAACAGAUGCUGUUUAAUUAUUUCCUUGUUGCUGCUCUUGCCGUCCUAUUUUUGGCGGUAUCUCAUGCUCCUGUCGAGUUCAACCGGCAGGUGCGAGAUGAAUUUUAUAUGGCGUUGGAUUUGGUCAAGGGCAUCAGCACGAAGUCCUAUGUGUCUAAGAGGUUGUGGAAGACAAUCAAAGGCCUUCGGGAGAUUGGAGAAAAGCUAGGCCUAUUCCCGCGAAGUAUUGGAUCGGAACCUAAUGACCCACACUCUACCGCCGCUGUAGCGAUGGCCGGACUAGCAGGUCAUCCGAUGGAAGUUUUGUCUGCGACUUAUGCUGGAGUCAACGCCAAUAAUGAAUUGGGCAACAGCCCUGUGAAUGGACUUCAGAUGAGCAAUGAGUUGACAAAUCUCUUCGAAGCUAUGGGCGCAUACGGAGGUUAUCUCCACGCUGGGGGUGGGGAGGGACUGAACGGGGAAUUCGUGCACCCCGAAGGUGAAUUGCAUCAUAUUACCGAAGGGCUCCCAGCCGGGCUUGCUAACGAAGGAGAAUUCUCACGGAUUGUACGAGACUUGUUUUGACAUCCUUGCCGAUCAAAUUUGUCAUACAACCAACUGUAUUUGAGGUAGCGAAGUAUAUCUGUUUGUUCAUGGCUUUGGGGUGUAUUGGUAGGAGCAGCAUAGUCUGUCUCGAGGAACAACAUUGCUUCUCGCCUGGUUGUUUUUCUUUUAUUUGUUUAAAGCCAUUUCGGUUUAGAUAUUGUUAUCCACAGUCCGUACAACUAAAGGAUAUCAUCUCCUUCUCCAUCA